UUUCUAUUAGAAAACACCCUACAGCAUUCAGUCAGGCACUUGGAAACUUGGAAAGAAAUGCUCAAGCUAAAUGGCGUGUCUCUCAAAUGGACUUUCAGGUGCGGCUGUCCAAACCAGCCGAUUGGCUAACAAGGCUUUACCACAAAUUGAAGUCUUUAGAGGCCGCAAUUAUAAGGGACCCGGACCAUCAGGAAAUAUUUCAUCGUUUAAAUGCAAAUACAUUGCACAUGUUAAAACAGCUGAUUCUUCGUGGACAGCAUCUCAAAGAAAGUGUCGAACAAGACUAUAACAAGCACGUCACAUCCGCACUACUGAUGUUGCCGACUGAGACGAUCAACGAGCCUCAUUUGAUUCAAAAGUUGUCGAAUAUACAAGAUGAUUGGAUUCAGAAACAUGAUCGCAUGGAAAUGUUUAGAAAACGAAAAAAAGAUCUCGUGAAUCCGUUGAAGAGGCGAUAUCAUUCGACUCAAAUCAACCUUUAUGUAUGUACAUCUGCCAUAAUUUUGACUUCUUCUUCAGAUGAAACUGUCGAAAAUCUAAAAAUACCGAGGUUCUGUAGAUGUUUUGAUCGUAACUACGUUGAUGUGGGUAUCGUAGAUGCAAAAUCCAGAGAAAACUGGAUGCCUGAGAGAGAAAAUUUGUUCAAAUUGUGGAUCUAUGAAAAGGAAGAUGCCGAUUAUAAGCAACAUGAAUACGUCAUCGGUCUAAACUCCGAUCGAUCAAUGAAGGAUUUAUUGGAAUGGAAAUCGGCACUUGUUGUGGCUACAGGCGAAUCGGGAAAAUUUGAUGAUUAUAGACGACCGAGCCACAUUGUUACUGAAUCGUUCAUCACUGACAGAGAAGACGAACUUCAUCUGGAAAUCGACGACAUCAUAGAGAUUCUAGAAAUGCAGGAAGCCCUUGACAAAACCUGGGUAAAGGGAAUGCGACUUAGUGAUAAGAAGAUGGGAUGGUUUCCAAGUAACAAAUUAGGCCAUGAAGUCGACAGUGAAUACAGCAGAGGUCAAGCUGUUAAGCUUCGUUAUCAAAAAGAGAGAGAAAGGGAAAAGGAGGGCGAUGAUGAAAAGAAAAAAGACACUUCAGUUCCAAAAACUGUAAACAAAUCAAAGAAGUCUUUUGUAUAUAGUAAUGUAGCUGUCUCUUAUACACAUCUAUCCAUUAUUGGAUGGAGAGUGUCGAUGGUAUCUACAAAGAAAUUUGAAAGAGUGUGCUUACGAGAUGGUGCCCCGUUUACCGACAUUGUCAAUGUGUCAAUGUGUCAACUAAAACAGAGCAGUGAAAUGGGUACUCCACCAUAA